UAGACGUGUCGGUGUGCUCCGGGUCUGAGCCCCGCUCCUCUCCGCGUGUCAUACCCGCACUCAGCACCUCUCAGCCCGGACAACACAACAGACUCGUCCCGGUCCGGCUCCUGCUCUCAGUCCGGAGUUAAAGACCUAACUUCCGGCAGCAGCAGCUCCUGACACACCGGGCUGCGGACCACGGACGGAGGGGAUGCAGCUCGACCACGACACCUGCGAUCUAAACUAAGUCCAGAGAGUUUUGUUCGGACGGGGUGAGUCAGGAUGGAAGUCUCCACCGGCCGAGCUCCGGGCCAGGUGCCGGGGAAGAAGCAGGCGGUGAAGCGCCACCACCACAAACACAACCUGAAGCACAGGUACGAGUUCCUGGAGACGCUGGGCAAAGGGACCUACGGCAAGGUGAAGAAAGCCAAGGAGAGAUCCGGCAGACUGGUGGCCAUAAAGUCCAUCAGGAAGGAGAAGAUCAAAGAUGAGCAAGACCUGGUUCAUAUCCGCAGAGAAAUAGAGAUCAUGUCCUCGCUGUGCCACCCGCACAUCAUCACCAUAUAUGAAGUGUUUGAAAACAAGGACAAGAUAGUGAUUGUGAUGGAGUAUGCCAGCAGAGGGGACCUGUACGACUACAUCUGUGACAAGAAGCGCAUCACUGAGCGGGAGGCCAAACACUUCUUCAGACAAAUAGUAUCGGCUGUGCACUACUGUCACCAGAAUGGAAUAGUUCACCGGGACCUGAAACUGGAGAAUAUUUUACUAGAUGGCAAUGGCAAUGUUAAGAUCGCAGACUUCGGCCUGUCAAACCUUUACCAUGGAGACGAGUAUCUUCAAACUUUCUGUGGCAGUCCUCUCUAUGCCUCCCCAGAGAUUGUCAAUGGUCGGCCGUACCGUGGGCCAGAGGUGGACACUUGGUCUCUUGGUGUGUUGCUGUAUACCAUGGUUCAUGGCACCAUGCCGUUUGAUGGAAACAACCACAAGAUGUUGGUUCAGCAGAUCAGCACAGGAAACUACCGGAAACCCAUUAAGCCCUCAGAUGCAUGUGGGCUUAUCCGUUGGAUGCUGAUGGUGAAUCCUGAGCGCAGAGCCACAAUAGAGGAGAUUGCCGGACACUGGUGGCUCAACUGGGGCUACCAGCAGCCUUUACUGGUAGAGACGAAGGACAGCACAGCAGAGCAGACCUCCUCUGCAGUCUCUCCAUCCACAUCACACCCUGCAGGGCUGGCCGGCGUCGCUAGUUGGCUGCGUCGCACAUCCAGGCCUCUGCUCGAGAACGGCUCCAAGAUGCGCUGCCUGCUCCGCUCGCAGGCCGGUGGAGGAGGGGACCUGGUGCGGCAGCGCUCCCUGCGAAGGUCGCGAAAGGAAAACAACAUCUCCCAGACCGUUCAGGAAGGCGGCGCAGACAGUCGUCCCUCAAAGGGAAUUCUAAAGAGACGCAACAGUGUGAAACAGAAAGCGAUGAGCGAAACCCCAGUCACGGGUCCAGUGGAGCCGCCAAAUAUUUUGGGCUUGUCCCCACCACCUACUGCCCCUUCAGCUGAGUUAAUGCCACGCAAAGGUAUCCUGAAAAAGCCCACCGAGCAAGAGUCAGGAUACUACUCGUCCUCUCCUGAGAACAGUGACUCUGGCUUGGUACCAAAAACCAAACAGUGCCCUUCAGCGCCAACCUACAAGAAGGGCAUCCUCAAGCGAAAUGGAAAGUUCUCCACAGGCGGGCUGCAGGAGUUUGGCUCUCUGGACCAGCUGGCAGCCUCCUUACCGCAUGGGGGCGGCAGAUCGAGACCAAGUGGGGCCAUCAGCGAGGACAGCAUCCUGUCCUCAGAGUCCUUUGACCAGCUGGACCUGCCGGACCGGGUGGGAGCGUCCACACAGAUGGACAAACCAGCCAAGGCCAGCAUGAGAGGGAGCGUGUCCGCGGACAACCUGCUGGAUAUCCAGGAGGAGGGGAUUCCUGGGGAUGGGCUGCGGAGGCCGUGGACCUGCUACUAUGAGCCCGGAGUGGCCGACAGCGCCUUCUCCAUCACUGACUGCGAUAAUGUGACGGAGGAAUACAAACAGGCCAUGGUUACACGAGGCUCCGCAGCAAGCUGAAGACCCACCAUUAGCAAAGGACGCUGACUUAAGAAUUGUCUUUUCGUUCAGUAUUUUUAUUACAUGACUCAACUACUGAAGACAUGGCAGCCAAAGUCCAACAUGCGAAACUACCACUGCGUUAAAUCGCUUUUUGGCUGACUUGAGGAAUUGCACAGUACCAAAAAUGGAGGAGGCUUCUCGUUAAACACCAGAUUGUAUUUAAGAUGGUGGGUGUUAAAUGAUGCUUUUGAAAAUAACCAGAUGGAUCAGUAUUUUUUAACAAAACUGACAGUUGUAAAGAAAAAGGUCCAUUUCAAAGAUUCUCAGGAGAAUGAGAGACAAUUCGCAUUGAAACCAAAACACUGGUCUGAGUUUUCAGAACUUGUACUAAGUAAAUUAGAAAACUGUCUUUGGACAGAGUCACUGUAGAACUUGGGUUUAAUAUCGCUUUUAUUGCUUAGACGGCAUAAUACUUAGUCUGUGUCGAUUCAGUGUCAACAGGUCAUUUUGACGACCUUCUUACGGUUUUAUCGCUCUUUUGGAUUCUAAAUUUCUGGUCAGUGAUCACAUGUCAACUUUAUGUUUCUCUAGGAUCACAGGUUGAAUGUUAGGACAGCUUCAUGCACUAUGUACAACAGAUUUCACUAAGUUUAAAAUUACAUUUCAUGGAAACCAAAGAAUUCAUGUUAUUAUAUCGUUUUGUUCGUCUUUAUUUAAAGUUGUGGAAAAAAGUGCCAAGUGGAGGUUUGUUUGUGUGGUGCAGCUCUGAGGUUUUUUUUAAUCUGCUUUUUUAAAUAAUUUGUUUGGAUAAUGACUUGAAUAAUUAUCAUGGCACAAUUGAGUCACGACAAGUGUAACCAGCAGAACCUGCUUUUAGCUCCCAAGCCUGUGAUUUUAUUAUGUGCACAGGUGGCCUCUGGCUCUGUGUGUACGUGUGUGUGUGUGUGUGUGUGUGUACGUGCAGUUGGCAGUUUUCACAUGAGAGGUGGGGCAGAUUAAGAUGAAUUCCAUGGGCAGAGGUUGGAAUUUGAAAAACAGCAACUUGCAUUUGAAAGUAAAUCGUGAACCACAGGAAAUUGGUGCACGCUGUGUGCAGUGGGGCGAUGACAAAAUGUGUCACCUUUCAACUGAGCUCUGAGGAUCAGUGUAGCUUGGGUAAAAUUGGACUUAGUGUAUUCAUGUGAUAGCCACCGUGGGAGGUUCAGUCUUUCAGAGACGGAUUAAAAGUUAAUUUUGCUGCAUCCUGAUGUCUCAAACCUUUACAACCUAGAUUUCAAAUUCUAAAUCAUGCAGACUGAUGAUUAACAUUGUUUGACAAGAUUGUGUAAUUCAUGUUUUACAGUCUUCUGGUUCCUGCUUUCUGAAAUACCCCCUGGUGGUCAGAGAUGGGUACAUCAGUAUUCUGCUGUUGCGUCUGAACUUUUAUCUAAAUAUAAUUAAUACCGUCGAGACCUGAUAACCAUACAAUUCAUUUAUCAGCUGUCAUUUGAGUAUGAAGAUAACAGGAGUUGCCCAACAGACCUUGUUACAAAGUCAUCAGUUUAAAGUACUUAAGCACAAGUCACAGAGGAAGUGCCUAAUCCCAACUGGACUCUGGAGGAUUGUAUGAGGAAGGAGUUUUUCGUAUUAUCACUGGAAACUGGUUUAUUUAAAAGUGAAGUGUGACACAGGGAAAGCAUGGAGUCAUAUAUGUAUAAUUUAAUGUGCAUCUGGCUCUGCUUGUAUUUUUUUUUUCUUGACUGCAACAAACACCUUGUUUGCCAAAGUGAACUGGCUUUUCAUUUCUAAGAGCAUGUGAUCUGCCAUGUUAUUGUGCCCGGGAUGAGGAAAUCAAUAAAAAUAAAAAAGACAGAACUCUA